AUGGAGGAAUUCAUAAGACCUAUUGAGCCGUCGGGCUCGAGUGAGGAGCUGCUAUCCAAUGAGGAUCGUCAAGCUCUAAAAAAUAAGCGGCUAUUGGAGGCGUGUUCACUGAAUGACACUGAAACGGCUAUUCGUCUGCUUGAUGAUGGAGCAGACUGUUACUAUGAGGAUGAAAAGCAGUGGACGCCGCUGCAAUGGGCUUCCACCAACGGAAAUCUGGUGCUUGUCAGAAAGCUGCUCGCGGAAGGAGCGGCUGACAUGUAUUUGAGCCCACUUCACGGUCCUGCUGUAGUUGAGGCGCCGCAGAAGGUAAAUUUCAGUUGA